GGAAGGAUCCAUAAUUUAAUUAUCAAUAAAAAUUACAUAUAUUGGAAUAUCCAUUAUAAAAGGGUACAAUCCACAACUGAUACCAUUCUAAGUAUAAUUAUAAAGUGCACAUAUUGUGAUUAUGACACAAUAAUUCGAAUAUACAUAGAUAAAUCUAUGGAAAUUCAUUUGCAAAAAGAACAUAACCUUACGAAAAGAAAUUGGAAAGAUCUUCAAAACUGACGAGACACGAACCUAAUCAAAAAGUAUUAUAACCUGAUUCAGGAAGUUGGAAUAUCGAUCAAAACAACAAAAAAGUGUAAGAAAUAUAAGUAUCAGUUUGGACAUAGUAAUCUAUGCAUCAUGCUAAAGCAUUUUAUCCAAGAUCAUCGAUCCGAUUUCAUCAAACGAAAUUUACCUUUGGAUAUACUACCAAAAGGAUUAAUUGAAUCGAUUUGUCCCGAAGCUGCAUCUGCAAUCGAUAGCAGCAAUCUGCCAUCGAUAUCUGUCUUUCUAAGCAUAGCAACCUCGGAGAACCUGCCAGUAAACGCAAUAAAAUCAGUCAUAAUGCAAGCAGUGACUAAGAUGAUUAGUGAUAUUGCACGGAGCAACAUCAUAACAUCGCUUCAACAGUUACACACGCGAGUUCGAUCUCUAGAGUUGAUUUCUGAUACUGUAGUAUCAUUAUAUUGUAAUCGAGACACUCGAUGUUUACUUGUUAAUAUCAUUGAAAAUAUUGAUAAAAACAAUGAAAACAAUGAAAAGAAUUUUCGAGGGGGGCUUUGGUAUUCGCGGUAAUGGGGGACUCUAUGAAUUUCGAUUAAAUUAGGUUAUUCCCGAUAAUGAUCGGUUAAUAAUUCGACUCCAACUUCUUUCAUUAACAUCAAAGUUCAGCUCACAUGUAUUGUGCGUUGUUUGUGUUGUGACUAA